AUGCUGUACAAAUACAUGCACACCAAACAUGCUUUGAUGAAGCGGGGAUCAAAUUUGAACGUCAAACCACAAUUUCAUAUCAUAAUGGCAGAGGUUGAGAUCAGAGAAUUGCGGUCACAACUGUACUGUGUGCAAUCUAGUGUUUGUCUGUCUUCCUAUUCAACGCACUGUGAGAAAUAUGUAUUCUUCACUCUUCAAUCAGUAGUCUUCAAUUCCACUUAGACAGGUUUUUUUUAAAUAGUGGUUGGAAAAGCACUCGGGAAUAUGACAGUGUAACAAUGUUAUUGCUUAUAGUUGUCCCUAUUCACAAUUCACACUGCUUUGUGGUGUAGUAUGACAGUCUCCUGAAGGGGGCAACCUAACAAAGCACACACACCUGAAUAAGAGGAUGCCAUACAGACAGACACCUCCCCAUAGUCUACUACUGCAUGUAAUACAGAACAACAUGAAGCAUCAACAGUAGGACAGAGGGUGUCAAAGCUCUGUGAUAGAUAGAUCAGCAUUGUUCUGCUCCUUACCUUUUACACUUCAAAAUGACUGACUAGUCAUGAGAAACUGGCUGAUCCUGUAUGUUCUGGCUGCAUGCUGCUUUGGUAUAACAUCACUCUGUUCAUCUGUCUCUUUCUGUGCAUUUGUUCAUUUUAUUUAUAUACAUUAUUAUUAUAUGUUGUGAAGAUAUAUUUAUCUUUCUUUUCAGGGUGCAGAGCAGAAGAGAAUGUAACACAGCCAACAGAAGAUGUAAUGGUCUUAGAAGGACUACCAACAACAGUCUAUUCGAUACAACUGGUCAAUCACCAUAUCUCUUUUGGUACAAACAACAAGCAAAUGGCAAGCCCAUAUUUAUGCUGAGAAGGGAUACAUUUUCACCUGGGGAAGCUGCUACUGAGUUCAAGGACAGAUUUGAUGCCCGUCUAAAUUUCACAGCAAAAUCAGUCCCCUUGAUGAUCCAGAGAGUGCAGCUGUCUGACUCUGCUGUGUACUUCUGUGCUCUGAGGUCCACUGUGACAACAGGAGAUACAGCCACCUUACAAAAACUAUAGGUUUCAAAUGUGUCCAUAGACACAUACAGUACCAAUGAAAAGUAGGGACCAAAGCGCAAUAUGUAUUUUAAUAUACUUUAUGUACAGUAGUAGACCUGAAUUAGAUACUCUUUAGACUACAUGAGUGUUUGUACCUGAAUUAUAAUAGAGUUUGUGUACAUAUUCACCUCCAAAAAAUAUAUGUUCAUCAUACUCACUUCACGGAACAUUUAUGUAAUUGACAAUUGCUUUAAGCUACUUAUCAUUUCUUGUGAGCUAGAUGUAAGCUUUUCACUUUGGCUAAUGUACUGCAAAGAGUGCUUAUAUCUAACCUGAGACCCCUAUAACCUGAGUCUGAAUAGAUCUUACCUCCCAUCCAUUAUAUUCCCUUAUUUAAAUAUGAAAGUUAUUUGCUUGUUCAACUACUAGUGACCACAUUUUAUAUUUGGAAAUAAAGUAAAUAUAUCAUGACUAUCAGAAAUGUCAUAUGACUUAACGUUCUAAAUAUUCUCGCAUAUAAAUGCCAUUUGAUGCCAUCUUUACUUUCAUUUAGUAAACCGAACCUUCAUCACUACCACCUAACUUCCUUAAGAGCCAUCAUUGAAUGGGUUUUAUGUCAAAGGGAGGAGCUACAGAAAUGAUCCUGUUCAAACUAUACAUAUGAUUACGGGAGACAUAUUGUUGUGAAUUAUUUGGUCCCGCAUAUACAGUAGAAGAAUAUGAAUUGAAUAUGUGUAUGUUUUCAAACAUUUAUUUUCAAAUAAGUUAAUCAUACUCACUUCAUACAAUAUUUAUGUCAUUGUCAAUACCUACCAUAUUAUUUUAACUAGACGUAGUCGUUUCACUUCGUCUCUAAUGUAUGGCAAAGAGUGCUAAUAUAAUACUGACAAGGUAAUAUUGACCCAUACAUUUCUAUACAAUAUUUCCUCUCUCUGAACAGGCUCCUCCUUCAUGUCUGUCAGUUGAUGGUGAUAUACAGGCUGAGAUGGACAUGGAAGAGAGAGAGAGGAUCUCUACCUCUUACUGUAACUCACAGUCACUCUCUGUGUGUUCUGCAUAACCAUGGUACUCUGUCUGAUCAUCUGGCUGGUUCUUGCUGUACUGUGCUUUGGUAAGAUGGAACCAUUUCGUCAUCUAUCUAAUUUUAAUUUUUUGAAUCUUUCAUUAUCACUCACUUUAUAUUUGUUUGUCUUCCAGAGUGCUCAGGAUACCAUGUUCAACAGCAACCAUGAGGUGUGA